CGUUGGUUUACCACUUGGUCAUUGGCUGGCAGGAGCCAUGUAUAGCCAAGUCUCGACAUAGAUAUCUGUAAAAGUCGCCGUCGGACCAAGAUGGACGCUACGCCCAACGCCGGCAACCCUAUCGUGGCAUUGGCUGCUGCCAUCAUCCAUGCGUUCCUCUACAUUCUCAGAGCUAUACGAGUGAUCGUCGCAUUCGUUACUAUAACGAUACCCACCUACGUGGUUCGGAUCCUCGGCUAUAGCUUGACCUUGCAGCUGGACUUUACCAAGCUCGUCGCCUUGACAUUCCUGCUUGGUGCUGGAGUAGCUUUAUGGAUACGAUACCGAGUCCUAAACAAGUAUAGUGAGCUCAAGGAGCCUCCGCUCGCUCCUCCCGAUUCCCACUUGCUCAACCCGGACCUCACUAUCCCAUCGGAUUUCGGUCGCUCGACCGCCUUUCACAACUACCUGGACGAGUUCCUAGCUGCAAUUCGGAUCUUUGGAUUUCUGGAAAAGCCCGUUUUCCACGAGCUGUCUCGACACCUGCAGACUAAGCGUUUGAUAGCAGGGGAGACCAUCUCGCUCGACGCAGAUGACAAAGAAGGUUUCGUCUGCGUGGUAGAUGGAAACGUCCAAGUGUUUGCGCAUUCGGCGGGGAGCGGGAGCCCUAGUCCAGAGAGCCCUUACAAUGGGUAUCAGCUACUGAAUGAGGUAGCUACUGGAGGAACCGUCUCGUCACUCUUUACUAUCCUCCGACUAUUCACAGAAGACGUGAAGCUCAGCUGGGAAGGAGAAGGAUUACAAGAAUCAGAACAUCCACAUCGAUCCGUUCCCACAAGCGCAGGCGCUCGGUCCGAUGACGGUCUCGGAGGGAUCUCCGCACCAGAGUCUUACGAAGAUGUCAAGCGGACAGAGUAUAGCCAAAGUCCUUAUGUCCGGCCAGAAGGCAGUAUUAGCCAAUUGGACCUCUCUUCAAGCCGGUCAGAAUCGGAUCAUACCGAAGGUCCUGCCCAGCGAUAUGGUAAUGUGGCGGAAUCUCCCGUUCAAGAUCCUAUCGACCGAAUCGCGAGCGGCGGGCAGCCUUUCCGAAAUCCGAUGUCGGCUGUGACUUCGACUCAUUCCGAGGCCAACUCGCGUUUCAACGGAACUGCAAAGUCGAAUCAGGGUCGUCAGAGGCACACCACCGCUGCUGGAGAUCGACCUGCUGUGAUUGCGCGAGCUACGGUGGAUACGACUUUGGCGGUGAUUCCUUUCGAGGCUUUCACCAGGCUGCGUCACAAGUUCCCCAAAGCGACCGGGCAAAUCGUUUCGGUCAUCUUGACUCGGUUCGCCAGGGUAACAUUCAUGACAGCUCAUCGCUACCUUGGUUUAACCAGAGAGAUUUUACAGGCUGAGGAUCGAUUGAAUACGCUGGUGUCAUAUCCGUUACCUCCCGCGUUCUAUGAGCAAGGAGGGAUGCGUAAUCUUAGAGAACGGUUCCAACCGGAACUACGAACCUCGCCCAAGCCUGCUCGUAAGCAAUCGACCGAUGGAUCAAGCAACCCUGCGGUGACCCCAGCCAGUCGAGCCCAGACCGUUCUUGGCAAAGACUAUUUCAACUUUAACCCGGAGGCAUUGAGCAACAACAAAGCGCCAUAUAUGGCAGCCGGGACUGCGAGAACAAGCACGAACAGCAAACUUUCCAUGAGUCCAGUUCAGCAACCUAGACCUGUCACCAACAGGCAAGAAACAUAUCAGAAGCGCGAUAAUGUGCGCAAACAGGUCGGCGCUGGGGAUCUAUUCAGCAUGACCUCAGCCAUGGGCGAUGAUGACGAGGCCUAUUACCGGCCGCAGUCUCGCACGCCCGGUUUCAGCCGUAAUGAUACGUGGCAAGCUAAGACUCCUGGAGUAUUGCGCGGCACCUCUUCCAAUACCAUGGCCCGUCGCAAGAGGAGCAAGCACGGAUCGACCACUGAGAGCCUGAACGAAGAGUUCGACCUGAAGGAAGCCGUGAUGACGUCGAUCGCCGAGUCGAUCGGGUUAAUUCAGGCUCCAAAUACCGAGUCGGCACUUCCUUCAGGCGCAGACUCGAUAGCGAUGUCGACCCCGACGUCGCCCCUGACGUUUGGCCAGAAGGGUCGUCGUGGACCGGGGUCGGCUUCGAUUCGUUCCCCAUUUGGCGGAUUGUCUAUGCUCGACAUCACUCGAAGCCAGGCGUCUACCUUGGGAGGACUGCAGGGGGAAGAGAAUGCGAGUCAUACCGGGACUGCUGCGGAGAGUACAACGGGCGGCGUGGAAGACCUCGAAAACGAUGUGCAGAUCCUAUACUUCAAAGCGGGUAGUGUAUUGGUGAAAGAAGGUGAAGCGAAUGCCGGCCUAUUCUUCGUAAUCGAUGGCUUCCUUGACGUCACAAUAACCUCGACUGCUCAAGCCGAUGUCGACUUCCGCAUGGAAUCAGCCCCCAAAGGCGACCAGGAACUAUUGUUCGAGAUCAAGCCUGGUGGAAUCGCUGGCUAUCUCGCUGCGUUGAGCAGUUCCGAAUCUUAUACCACUAUCCGGGCCAAGACGGACUGCUAUGUCGGCUUGCUGCCGCAUCAAAGCUUUGAAAGGCUCCUUGAACGCCGGCCAAUCGUAUUGUUGACGCUCGCCAAACGAUUGACGUCGGUGCUUUCACCUUUAGUACAUCAUUUGGACUUAGCGCUUGAUUGGACUCAGGCUGCCGCAGGACAGGUUCUGUACCGUGAGGGUGAUAAAAGCGAUUCGUUCUACUUCGUGAUUAGUGGGCGUCUCCGUACUCUGACCGAGUCGUCAAGCGGAGAAGUCAAGAUCAUGGGAGAGCACGGUCAGAACUCGAUCAUUGGCGAACUCGAAGCCAUUACGGGAAGCAAAAGGUCUCAUACGGUGCACGCCAUCAGAGAGUCUGAAUUGGUACGUAUGCCAAUGGCCUUGUUCAACGCCAUCUCUACGCAACACCCCGCAACCACAAUCCGCUUUUUGCGGUUGAUCGCUUCACGGGUACGAAAAGCUGCCGAACCCAUUCAGAACCGUACGGCCCAAUCAAAAGCAAACGCUACGUCAACCAACCUCAACCUCAAAACCAUCUGCGUCAUGCCGACAACGCGCAAUGUCCCGGUCGCCGCAUUUGCUGAGCGACUGAGAGUGGCUUUAGAGGACAUUGGUGCUCCAACGGCAUAUCUUGAUCAAGCUACUGUCAUCCGCCAAUUGGGCAAGCAUGCUUUCACCAAAAUGGGGAAACUCAAAGUGAGCGGCUGGCUCGGAGAGAAGGAGAGAAAGUACAAGAUGGUCCUCUACGUAGUAGACACCCCCGUAACGAGUUCUUGGACAAUGACGUCGAUCAAGCAGGCGGAUUUUGUCUUGCUUGUCGGCAUGGGCGAUGAGCCUAGUUUGGGGGAAUACGAGAAGUUCCUCCUAGCUUCGGGUACUACCGCUCGUAAGGAGAUGGUGCUGCUCCAUCCCGAACGAUAUGUUGCACCAGGAUCGACACGACGUUGGCUGAAAGAACGGCCGUUUAUUACUGGUCAUCAUCAUAUCGAACUUCCAGGAGUCGUUGUGCCGAACAAGGGCGUGCCCUUCGUGCACGACCCAGCUGCAGUCGUGGCUUUCAAGCAUCUGCGAGAAAAGGUCGAAACCAGGAUCAAGAAAUAUCGGUUCCGACCAUCUGAGAGACCCCGUCGACCGCCGCAUCUCAACGAUUUCGCCCGGCUGGCUAGGAGGCUCUGCGGCAAGAGUAUCGGAUUGGUACUAGGGGGAGGCGGAGGCAGAGGCAUAUCGCACCUCGGCAUGCUAGAAGCCCUGGAGGAGAUGCAGAUUCCCGUCGACGCUAUCGGCGGCUGCUCGAUUGGUAGCUUCAUCGGUGGGUUGUACGCUCGGGAGGGGGAUCUGCUAUCCACUACCGGGCGGACAAAGCAGUUUGCGGGACGCAUGUCGUCUCUCUGGCGAAUUCUUAGCGAUCUGACAUAUCCAUUCGCUUCGUAUACAACGGGGCACGAGUUCAAUCGGGGUAUCUAUAAGGCGUUCUAUGAUCUUCAUAUCGAAGAUAUGUGGAUCCCUUACUUUUGCAAUUCGACCAACAUCACGCAUUCUCGACUGGAGAUCCACCGCACCGGCUAUGCCUGGCGAUACGUUCGAGCCAGCAUGACAUUGGCGGGUCUCUUGCCACCGCUGUCCGAUCGAGGCAGCCUGCUCGUCGAUGGUGGCUACUUUUCCAACCUACCGGUGGCCGAGAUGAUCUCUGAGCUGGGCGCCGUAGAUAUCAUCGCCGUUGACGUGGGUUCGAUCGACGAUACUUCUCCGCGACAUUAUGGAGAUUCCGUCUCUGGUUGGGCUGUGCUGUUCAGCCGUCUCAACCCGUUUUCGAAACGUUCCGUCUUGAGCAUGACCGAAGUCAACGGCCGUCUUGCCUAUGUGGCGUCCGCCACGACAUUAAACGAAGCGAAAAAGACCCCUGGAUGCCUUUACUACGCCAUGCCGGUGCAACAGUUUGAAACGCUCGGCGGGUUCAGCAAAUUCAAUGAGGUUUAUGCCGUCGGACUCGAAGCGGCGCGAGAAGUCUUGAAACAGUGGAAGGCUGAAGGGAAAUUGCCUACGGGGUUGGUGGACGACGUCCAGGCCAAGAGUCAGGCGGUCAAGCGCGGGACGAGGUUGAGGAGGAUGUCUAUCUGAGCUGUCUUUGAAGUACACUGACCUGUCCAUUAAUAGGGAAGAAUGCACGUGGCUCUUUAACAUCUCGCCUACAUCAAUAGCCUGUAGAUCAUAGACCAUGGAGAGAGCAGUCCUUUCGGGCCUUUCAAUACUAUACCAACUUUGCUCGCUAUCAGUUCUUUAUGGAUCAUUACAGCUUAGCGGAGAGCUAAAAUGAAAAGUCGCUCCAGCUGAUGUCCCU